AUGAUGGUAAAACAUGGUGUGAAGCAUAUAUUCGGAUACCCUGGAGGCGCGAUCCUCCCGGCCUUCGAUGCCAUCCACAAGGCGCUCGAAUUCGACUUUAUCCUCCCACGACACAAGAAAGGAGCCGGCCGUAUGGUAGGAGGGUACUCUCAUGCGCCUGGGAAACCGGGCGUUGUUCUCGUUACUUAUGGUCCGGCGGCAACGAAUCUAAUUAUGUCUAUGAUGGACGCCCUUGCAGAGGGGACCCCAAUGGUCGCGUUCUGCGGCCAAGUCGCCACAGCCAGAGUCGGAUUGGAUGCGUUCCAGGAAGCGAAUGUUCUGGGCAUGUCGCAGCCAUACACCAAAUGGGACGUAUCUGUGCGAGACGUUGAAGAGCUUCCAACCCAGUCAACGAGGCGUUUGAGAUUGUCACGUUUGGUUGCCCCGGUUCAGUCCUGGUUGAGCUGGCUGUCCAUUGAUGUCACGGCGUCGAUUCUGCGGAGGCCGAUUCCUCAAUCCGAAACUUACCGGCCAACGACCUUGGGUCUUGCAAUGGGCAAUAUUCAGCGCUUGGAGCUUCAUCGCACACUUGAACGGGCGGCGCACCUGAACAACACUGCAAAGCAGCCGGAGCUCUAUGUCGGGCAGGGCAUGCUUGCAAGUCUACACGGUCCCCAUCUUCUCAAGAAGCUUGCCGACAAAGCAUCAAUCCCCGUAACCACAAGCCUUCAGGGAUUAGGCGCGUAUGACGAACAUGACCCAAAGGCUCUGCACAUGCUCGGCUUGAAUGGAUCCAGCUAUGCGAAUCUUGCAAUGCAGAAUGCGGACUUGUUAUAG